AGAUGAAUGCCUGCUGUGAGGCACGAGUGUUCCAUGCAAGGUGGGGCCUGGAGGCGUGUGUGGGGACGGGGAUGAGGAGGCCUUGAAGCGAUGCGACGGAUUGGGUGCGGGUGCGGGAGUACUACGCCGCGGUCGUUUGUGCUGAGGCGGUUGGCGUACUUGAAUGUGAUGAGAUUGGUGCUUGUUCGUGCGUCGUCCCGGUGUUUUGACGUCGGCCUCGCCGUUGUGAUUCGCAAGCCGUAGGUUCUACUUUGUAUCGGGUCAUGAGGAAUGUCGUCAGGUUCUUUGCCGGUGCGUGGCCUCGGCCUAACGCAUGGCUUCGGUCUUAUCGACAUGCAGACUGUUGGUUUCUGCCAGAGAAACAGGAACUCUUGACUGCAGCAACGGGCUCAGUCCUCGGCCUGACGAGUUGUUAUCCUACUCCACUGCCCAGCAUCAGGCUCAGAAGCGAUGCGGUCGCGGACGCCUCGCCAAAUUCCCAGUGCAAUUCUCGUCUGGAACUUCCCGGUGCCUUGUUUAGGCCAAACGCUAGUGACAAAACUGCUAUCGGGGACAAUCACGAGCACAUAUGGAUUUGCGAUCCAUCCAAAGUCCAAGGUGCAUCCACUCUGGUUCCUUCCAUCUGUUGCAACACCGAUCAGCCGGCCAGAAAGAGCCAGAAAGGACCGAUGCCAUGCCUAAACGUAGGCCUUCCGUGCACAAUCUCGUCACACGGUGUCUUUGGAGCAGGAGUAAGACGGUCGUUAUCGAUGCCUCCAGUAAGAAGUUCUCAUUUCCAUAAAAAAUUUGCAAAGCCUUUCUUGCCAUUCAAGUCUUCCACUAUUAUGUACUCCUCAACUACAACUUCCCUGGGUGAUCAAGAGAGAGCUCAGUCAGAGUGUGAAAUUGAAGACAUAUCUGUUCUCAAGCUGGAACUGAGUGCCCUGUAUAAUGAUAUCAGAGAGGCUCUCAAGACCUGGAACGAGGAGGUGUACGAGCUUGCGACAUAUCAUUUUGACGGUAACGGGAAGGCGCUACGCCCCCAUGUGGUGCUUCUCUUGGCCAAUGCAAUAAACUUUCAUUUGGGUCUUUCAUCCGAGCGGCAAUCAACCGUAUGCAAAGCGCAGAAGCAGGUGGCAAUGGUGGCCGAAAUGAUCCACACUGCAUCGCUCAUUCAUGACGAUGUGGUGGAUCGUUCGGAUCUGCGUCGUGGAAAGCCCAGUGCCGCGAGGAGAUGGGGACAGAAAAAGGCAGUUCUGGCUGGAGAUUACAUAUUGGGGAUAUCGUCUGACAUCCUUGCCAAGAUUGGGAACCCACAUGUUGUUAUAGUUUUAUCUCAGGUGCUAGUUGAUCUUGUACAAGGAGAAAUGAUGCAGCUUGGCACCAAAGAAGGGGAAAAUGACCGUUUUGCUCACUACCUAAAGAAAACCUACAAUAAAACGGCUUCCCUCUUUGCCAACUCAGCAAAAGCUGUAGCAAUACUCGCUGAAGCAUCCGAGGAACUGCAGGAGACUGCAUAUCUUAUAGGAAAGUACUUGGGGCUGUCAUUUCAAGUCGUGGAUGACAUCCUGGACUUUGAAUCCAGUACAGAACUCCUUGGGAAACCAGCUGCUGCCGACCUCAAACUUGGCAUUGCAACUGCCCCCGUCCUGUUUGCAAGUGAAAAGCAUCCGGAGUUGAACGAGAUGAUCGUGCGUCGUUUUGAGUGGCCCGGAGACGUGGAGCACGCCUUUGAGUGCGUUCUUGCCUCCGAUGGCUUGGAGCAAUCACGACUCCUGGCCAAGCGAUUUUGCCAAGAAGCAAAGAAACACCUGGCAGAGUUGUCCACUUCUGCCUACCAGUUGGCACUAGAGAGCAUCAUGGAUGGUGCCGUGUUCAGGAAGAAGUGAUUCUUGACCCCAGAUCCAAGCGAUGCAUCUUCCCGCCGUCCCCAAUUGAUGCUUCUGAUCAGUCGUGCUGCCAUUUAGAAAGUUGCUUAAGUUGCACUGUAGCUGCUUUGUUCAUGAAGUUUAUUCAACCAUAGAUUGAUUUUUUGGUCAAACACCACCAUUAAUGGUCCUUAUUGUAUAGCUGUGUGACAAUUUUUUUCUGCUUCCUGAUUUGAGGCUUGAAAUCAAGCACAAAUUAAGGCACUUUUUUGCAUUGAUGCAAUUACUUAGUUUGCAGAGUUGCAAAUCAAGAAAAGUCAUGCAUGUUUGUGAAAGCAACUCUGGGUGCUACAGGUAUGAAAUUGAUUUAAUUCCAUGUUUCACUUUUGGACACGGAACCAUCCAAUCACCCGACAAUUCCUCAAGGUGUCAGAUUUGACGCGGUGCCAUGCUUUUCGCUGUGGGCUUCUCACAGCCAUCCCAGUCACUUUUCCUUGCGGUAACCGUGGUGUUUGUGGGCUCAUAUUGUGGCCUUACUCUAGUCUCUUGGAGAUCACCACAUACCAAUAGGCAAUUCAUUGCAAAUGAAUUUCGUAGCUGUGAUCCUUACCUCGAGAUAGUAGUAAUAAAGAGG